AGACCGUUCAGAGGGAUGGGCUUGUUUUCAUCUGUUUGGGAGGAGUUUGGGACUCCAUUUUUUGCUGGGGUGUAUUCCCUGUGUGUGCUGUAAGUGUUCGGUAUAUACUUCUUGCAACUUAGCUGUCACAGCAGAAGGAUUUUGUGAUUCUUUGGAGUUUAGUGCGUCAGGACACAGCGAAGCACUCCCGCCGGACCCAGAUGUCUCAGCCCAAACAGUCCACGACCACCCCAGCAGCGCCGGCCUCCAGCGUGAAGCCUGCACAAUAUGAGAAGGGGGCUGCAAAACCUGCAACCACGACUGCAAGUCCUGCAACCACCAUGGUCACUGCAGGCGCUACGUCAACAAGCACCGCUCCUAAGUCCACCUCAACCACUGUGGCUGCAGGCUCGGUGACCUCCAUUGGGCCGUCUACAGUUCCUAAAGCCAGUCCAGCAGCUGGUAAAGGCAACCUGGGUGGAUCUACUAAACCAACAACACAGAGUACUACCACUGUUUCAUCAUCCAAACUGGACCCUUCGAAGGCACCCACAACGAUCACUCCAGCCACUAACAUUUCUGCAAGCACCGGAAGCAAGGUGAAAUCGGAGGUUCCUGCGAAGACCAGCGCCCUGGUGUCCGCUGAUCCGCUCGAUGUGUUGGCUGACAGUUUGCCCGCUGCAGAGCCCGUUGCUCCUAAAGCUCCUCAGUUCACAGGGCCCCAAGUAAAGGAGACCACUUUAACCUCGCAUGACGCUCCCCGCUGCGGAGAAAGAGACGACACACUGCCGCCUGGAUACAGAAAGCAAGACAUGGAGAAAAAGAUGCCUGCUGGGGAACCAGAGAAACCAAAGACAGAUUCCAAGCCUUUAACGAUGGAUGAGGCCGUGGACUCUCUCUCAGCCGGAUUUGUAUCAUCUGCACCCAAACCUGAAACGAAAAUUGAAACUGUCGCACCUGUCAGUGCCAACAAAAACUUUGCUCCUCCUCCACCUGAUCAGAAGAAACAAGCCGUGUCCGCUCCUGCAGGUUUGUCCCCUGCACCUCCUGCUGACAAGAAAGCAAAGAUGGAGAAAACCUUUCCUGCUGUUCAGAGUGUCAAACCCAAAGCAGAAGAGCAAAAGAAAACUGCUGCUGCUGGAGUAGCAGUGAAGCCAAAGGAAACCCCCAAGGCCGGUGACAUGUCUCUGGAUGCCCUGGAUGCUUUGGGAGACACAUUGCCAACUUCAAAACCAGUUCCUAAGACCCCUGAAGUCAAACCUCAGAACAUUGUUAAAGAGAAGACUGUAAAAUCAGAGAAGGGUGUACGUGUGGGUGAGAGAGACGACACUCUGCCCCCUGAUUACAGAUUCACAGAGGACAAGAACAACCAGCAGCCACCCCCUCUGCCAAAAGAGCCCUCCAUGGAUCCAAGUGAAGCUUUGGAUAUUCUGUCAGGUGAUUUUACAGAGUCAUUCGCAGCUCCUACAGUCCAGGCUUACCUUCCUCCUUCAGCUCCAGCAAAACAGCAACCCCAAGUAGAAGAUCUCUCAGCUCUUGAUGCCCUGGCAGAUGAUUUUGUGGCUCCUGCACAAGCCAAAAAGGUCUCCUCCGGUCUUCCUCCAGCUGCUAAAAGCACUCCACUCCCCACUUACCAGAGCACUGAUAUGUCUUUUGAUGCUCUGGACGCUCUGGGAGACACACUGCCCACUGCACAACCAGUUCCUAAAUCUCCUGAAAUCAGACCUGAGGAUAUUGUUGAUGAGAAGAACCUAACAUCAAAGAAAGGUGUGUUUGUGGGUGAGAGAGAGGACACACUGCCUCCAGAUUACAGGUUCCCCAAAGAUGACCCGAAAAAGCACCCUGAACCCCCAAAACCACAGCCCUCCAUGGACCCGUCUGAGGCUCUGGAUAUUCUCUCAGGAGAUUUCACAACCCCAUCUGUGGCCUCUGCCGUUCAGGCCCCCGUUCCUCCCUCCGCACCUCCAGCAAAUAGCUCAGCAGACUUUGCUCUAGAGAAGCUUGCAGAUGAUUUCUUAGCCCCCACCAGCGCAUCGACUGUCAAAUCUGCUGCUCCGAUGCCUCCUAAAGCUAACACCCAGCUUCAAGACGAUACAUCAGCCAUGGACGCUCUCUCAGAUACGCUAACGGGCAUCGGUGCUGUACCUGAGCCAGUGCCAGUCACUCCUAAACAGGAAGUCAAGGAAAAGCUGGUGGUUGAGGAGAAGUUAAGGAAGGCCGGUGAAACAGAUGACACACUUCCUCCUGAAUAUCGACCCACAGAGGCAGAUAAGAAGGCUGCAGCAGAGAUGAAAUUACAAACUAAAGCAGGUGUUCCAGAUAAACAGACAUCUAUAGAUGAGUCAAAAGCUCUCGAGCUGCUUUCCAGUGACUUCUCUGAUCCCUCACCGGCUCCACCUGCAUCUCAAACACAAACCCCACCUGCAAAAACAUCCACCACUUCUAAGGUACCAGGCCCAGUGUUGGAUGAACUGGCAUCCACACUGCUCCCAAACCUCUCUGGAAAAAAAUCAACUGACAGCAAACCAAAGGGUAAAAGUGGAAAGUCAAAGUCUAAACCGAAGAAACCAGCAGUAGCCGAUGUGCCAGCUGUGAAAGACCUUCCUGGCAAACCGAGCACAGAUGUGGUGUCCUCGACCACCACACAGAAGGGUGGAAAGAGCUAGAUCUGCCACACCGAUUGCUGCCAAACUUCAUCUCCCUGCCACAUUGAGAGAUUCCAAACAAAGAAGCUGCUCUGACUUUGCAUAUUUUCUGUUUUGGCAGAAAGGUGUACAGACAUUUAUUUACACACAGAGGCUUUUCAUAUCGGGCCAUGAAUAUUAAUUGUAUGGUUUCUGUAGAAAUGCUGAUAUGGGAUCAGCCCAACCUGACAAAUAGAUCAUAUAGUAAGUGUUUAUAGUGAUAAAAAUCCCUCUUUUGGAGUUGUACCCUGAAUGUAAUGCUGAAUUCAAAUCCUUCUCGGUUGUAAGUAUUGUAAGUGUUAAUGUUGUUCAGGUGGUUUAGGCUGGUUUUAUUGUUUUCUAUUGUUACAGACAUGAAUGUUAUUUUGUCUGUAGAAGGGUGUCCAAAAACUCCUUACCUUAAACUUUUUGGCUGCCUUAAAAUUUUCAUAUUGGCAUCUGUCUUGGCACCUUUUUUGUGGUUGUGUUUCUGUGCACUGGUCUCGUAACUAAAUAUUUCUGAAAGGACUUGAAGGCAGCAUUAAAGUCUCAACAUCUGUAACAUCGGAUGAACAUAAGCUUUCCAAACAUGCCGUCUUGCAUUUUUUUUAAUCACAUUGACCGCUUGUUGCAAGCAGAUAAAAGACGUUUAUUAUGGUUUAUGGGAAGUCCAUUCUGUGCUGCGCUGACCCAGUUGGCUUCUCCAUUUAAAUACAUACGAUAUAACACAAGCAGACAUGUGCCUAACUAACUGCACGAUUUCUUUGAUUCGGGGUGUAAUUUCUAUAGGCUCGUUGGACUCACACGACAAGAAUGGCUAUUUUUAAACCCCAAGCACCUCCAAACACUAGUGUACAGCACUUCUUUUUUGGUUUACUUAGUCUAGUUUACAGUAGUUGUGAUAAAGGACGGGGAGUAAAUGUUGUGAGGUUUUGGUUUGGAUGAUUAGUUUUAUCCGUUUGAUUAUGUAGGUCUUUUAUGAUUGCAUAUAGUUAUUAUUAUAUUUUCUAAAGAUAUUUCUGCUGACGGGCUUUCCUAUGUACGUUGCUUUAAAAGGGCUAUCUAGAUUUUCCAAAGUGCAUUUACAAGAAGGGCUCUGCUUAAACCUGAACCAGCCCGGCUACAAGCAGGAGGCAUGUAGAAGUCAGCUGAACUUCCUUUCAGCAUCAGUAAAGCUGUCAUGUGGUUAGAACUUCUGACUUUCGCAGUACCACCUGACCCUGGUCUGUUCCUCAUGUUGAUCUCAGCUUGAGUAGGAUGUGGCUCACCAAGUAUAAAUCUUUUGUUUCAUUUUCAUCUACACUAACCCUCCUCGGUUAAACACCUGUGCUUCUGCACUGUGCCUAAUAUUCACAACCAAAAAACACGUUAUAUUAAAACCUAAACAUGCACCUUAAGUGCCAAAUGUCUUCCGAAUUACGUUUUAUUGUUCAAGCAGCCGCUGUGGCUAAGAUUCUUCGUCUUCCUGUCGUGGGGAUUUUAUUCUUAAUUCAGUGCCUUUCUUUUGAAGUGCAAUGCUCAUGUUUUAACCCUGGGACAGUGUUAUGGAGAACGGGAUGUUUCUGUUUAAAUAAAAAAGAAUGCAAAAAAGGGCUAA